AUGUCCAAACCAUAUGCGGAGAUCGAUACGGGCAAACAUCACUGGGUCUCUCGAGCCUGUGACUUUUGUCGGCUUAAGAAAGCAAAGUGUGGCAGCUCCCUCCCAUGUGCAACUUGCGUGCAACGUGGCAUCCCUUGCAUCCGUCGAAACGGCCAGAAACAUCCACUAAAGUCUCAAGAAUUCCAUGACUCGCCUGUCAAAGAUGUCCAUGCUCUCUAUCAGGGCUGCAAGGACAACUCCGACAUGACAGAGAUUGGAGAUAUCACGACUCGCACAAUCCUAGAGAACUUAGAUUUGAUUGACCGAACGGAUCCAGAUCCGGCAGCUGGAGUCAGAAAUUUAAGCCCAGAGGGAACUCGGGGUCUAAGUGCCUCGACGAGCUCCUCGCCGAGUCCCGCUUUUACCAGCUCCGAGGGUCCAUCAAGCUCGAACAGCAUGUCUUCAAUUUCCCGCCAGACCACUGACAGUAGUCGAAGUUUCCCUUCACCAAACUCAUUUGAAUGUGUGGUUGGCCUACAGACGGCCUCCAUCGAAGCGUUAUCGACCACUCGACCAUCUCGGCAAUCUCUGCCAGGUCUGAUAAGCGCAACUGACUUUGAUUAUGCCCAACCUGAUCACGUAAUGCCGCCUCUGUUUGGAACCGAUUUCUCAGAAACAAGGCUGCUUAGCGGUACCGGGAUGACUAACACAGCUCCCACAGCUUCCCCCUAUGAUGACACUACCUCCGUUAUGUUCUAUAAUUUCCCCCUCUACCACGACCUAAUCGGAGAUAUAAGACAACCGGAGCAGGACCGACCAGCCCAAGGAGAUUUCGGCUUCAAUCCUGUUUCAACCCUAUCGAAACAUAGCUUGGUCAAGGUAGGAGAUGUAGAGAUGAUGGACAGUUGGCAUGGUCUCGAAAAGCAUACUGAAUAUGGCAAGCUUGGGAACUCUCCUGUUGGCUUACAGUCUUGGGAGGGGGGCGAUCUAUCGACCGUUCCAACCAACCACUCAUUCCACGGCGGGGCAAUUUCUCCAGAGGAACUCGAUUCUACAACCACGAAAAGGAAUUACUCAACUGCCCUGCCACCAGCGCGCAGGAAUGGCUGCCCGUCGACACGUAGAGUAUACAAACGAAGACGCAAGAGGGGCGGCGAUUCCACCUCAGAUGGACCGCAGUUACCAGAGAGUGAAAAGCACCGAAUCUCGUUGGAGAAGAACCGUCGCGCUGCCGCGAAGUGUCGCGAAAAGAAACGUAGCGAGAUCCAACAACUAGCAGAAAUAACACGCGCUUCUGCCGUGGAGAACAACCUCCUCAAACAACAGACGAUGCAAAUGCGAGAGGAAAUCCUCGACCUUGGCUCAAAGCUUCUCACUCACGUGUCUCGUGGUGAAUGUCGCAGGCCAGAGGAGGUGAGGAUGGUGCUGGAUGACUGGUUGGACCGAUUCAGGUCAAGUUGGCGCUCAUGCAAUUAG